AUGGCCGGUAUUGCUGACGAAAUGGCUCGAAAGCGCAAAUUGACACAGGCCACGUGUCGAAUAAAGGGAAUUGAAUACAACUUGUGCAUUGAACCUAUCUUUCAGUUGUGA